CCCUACAAAUUUGUAUAGGCAACAAAACCCCCGCCCCCAUACACCUCCAAGUUCCCCAGUGUCCCAGCAGUAGCUCGCCUCCCUCCCCCGACUCCACAUACACCUGUGCAAUGUCCGGGCAGCAGUAGGUGCAGAGGAGUGUGUCAUACAAGCAGAAUUUCCUACUCCCAAACCGUCCCGAACCAGGAAGUGACUAAAGUCUUCACGCUCCUCUCCUGAGAGCAACACGUCCCCGCCUGCUCAUGCCACUGCCUGCAGCGGAGUCCUCCGGGGGCACAACUGAUGGCUGGAGAAAUGCACGUCCUGACCACAUUGGACCAUCUGCCCUGGAACUCCACCUCUGCGGAGCAAGGGGCCAGAAAUGGGUCCCAGUCCCACUUUUGGUACAACACAAACAAGACUCAGCUCUUGGGUGUUUUGCUGGCAAUCACUGGAAAUUUUCUGAUUAGUAUCUCUUUGAAUAUCCAGAAAUAUGCUCAUCUCCGACUGGCAUGCCAAGCAAAUCAAAAGCCCUAUUACGCAAGCAAGCUGUGGUGGUGUGGAAUUAUCCUCAUGGGGCUUGGAGAGUUGGGGAAUGCUGCAGCUUACGGAUUUGCUCCAGCCACCCUUAUAGCUCCAUUAGGAUGUGUCUCCGUCAUAGGCAGCGCGUUUAUAUCUGUCUUAUUCCUAAAAGAAACCAUGAGGGCUGCUGAUAUGUUAGGUGGAACCCUGACAAUUGCAGGAACAUAUUUGUUGGUGACAUUCGCUCCAAAUGUAACCCAGGAGUUCACGGCAACUAAAAUACAGAAUUAUUUAAUUAGCUGGCAGUUUCUGAUCUAUGUGAUCUUAGAAAUAAUAAUAUUCUGCAUUCUUCUGUAUUUCUACGAAAGAAAGGAUGUGAAGCACAUUGUGGUUUUGUUAAUGAUGGUAGCACUACUAGCAUCAUUGACUAUCAUUUCAGUAAAGGCUGUGGCAGGCAUGAUAACAUUCUCUGCAAAGGGCAAAAUGCAGCUGACAUACCCCAUUUUCUAUAUCAUGUUCAUUAUUAUGGUGACAUCUUGUGUUUUCCAAGUCAAGUUCUUAAACCAAGCUAUGCAGCUCUACAAUGCAACAGUCGUUGUGCCGAUUAACUUUGUGUUCUUCACCACCAGCGCCAUCAUUGCAGGGGUCAUAUUUUAUCAGGAAUUCCAAGGUGCAGCUUUGCUGAGUGUGUUCAUGUUUCUAUUUGGGUGUCUUCUGUCGUUUCUUGGCGUGUUUGUAAUCACACGAAAUCGAGAAGAGGAGCAUUUGCAAAUUCCUUAUAUUGAUUGUGGACACAUUCCUGGAAAAAAUAAGAUUGACAAAAUACAGCCGGAUUCAAACAGCUUAUCCUAUGGCACUUUGCAUGAUGAAGAUGACUGGACGAGCGCUCAGAGCUAAGAGCAGCUUCAUUUCCAGGAACUCUCUAUUCAUUCACAUCAUAUUCAUCACCCCAUGUUGACUGCAUAUAUUCAGUGUGUGUGUCAUGUUAUUUUAUGUUUAGCACCCUUAGUGUUAUUUAAGUAUCCUCAAGUAUCCCCUGCCUGUCACAAAUGUGUUACGGUGAGCAAGGAGGGCUAUAAAGCUAGUAACCGUUAAAUGGAGCUGGACAUUUUCCUGAUAAAACACCUCUUACUGGUGGUUUAGGGUCAGGUUUUUAAAGGUAUUUAGAUGCCUAAAGAUGCAACUAGCCACAUAGUAGGAUUUUCAAAAGCACCCACUUCACCUGCCUGUUUUUAUAGGUGCUUAAUUCCUUUAAAAAUCAGUCAUCAAAAUAUAGUGUGUUUCUAUGUAAGCAUCCGUUGGGAGAAAUCCUGCUUGCCUUAUUCAGACAGCUAGUCCCAUUACCUUCAAAGGAACUACACAUGUGAGUAAGGUGAGUGGGAUUUGUUCCAAUACAUAUAUAUGGAUGCAUACACAUGGUAUGUAAUUUAUGUUGAGAUACGGUAAAAGGCUUGGUAUUAUAAAUUCCUCCAAAGGAGUCCUCUGAGAGGGGAGCUUGUCUCUGUCCUGCUGGAUUGGAGCAGCAAGCAGCUAUUUCAAUACAAUAUGUUCUGAGCCUUACCCCCUGUGUCUUCAUUAAAUGUUUUUGGUGGGGAUUUUGAAGAGGUUACACACUAUUCCAAUAGAGAAAUGGGAAGCCAACCUUCCACUGCUGUUGUAUUUUGAAUAGGCUUGACUGGGGAAAAAGUGAGUUCAAUAUAUGGGGCAAAAAUGUUGUGAGGGUAAAAGAAUCAGGAUCACGAAGGAUAAGCCACUGGGCUAAAAUAUAUCUUUUUCCUUCCUACAAAGACUUCCCUGCAUUAAGCUAGAGAGCUAGUAAUGGCAGCAGCUGUGGUCAUGUAGAAUGAGUUUGGGGCUUUGAGUCAGAAGGUUGUAAUCCUACUGUAGCUGCUGACUCACAGGAGAAAGUUACUUACGGCCAUAGGGAGCUACACAGCCUCAGUUUCUGCUUCUGUCUGAUAAUACUGAUCUACCUCAUGGGCAUGUUGUGAGGAUUAGAUGGGUGCUUUGGGGGUAAAGAAGAAGCACUUUAUAAGUGUUCAGGGUUACUAUCUCAACCUUGUACAAAAACCUUUGGCUCUUUUUAAAGUGCAUGUCAUAUAUCAUAUGCAGCUAGCUUCAGUGGGGUCUGCUGAAUGAUGCCUCCUUUAAACAAUAUUUUUGUAAUCAUGCUCCAAUACGUCUGUUAGUCUAUGGUGCCACAGGACUCUUUGCUGCUUUUACAGACCCAGACUAACAGGACUACCCCUCUGAUACUUUAUUUUAGAAGAGAUCCAGUCAAAGCGACUUGAGUAGUUUAACACUGUGAUUUGUUUAUAAGACAUGUUGAAGUACCUAGAGAAUGGUGGUACAUUUUGCUAUACAUUAAUCUUCCUACAUCCAAGAUUCAGGGCAUUUUUUUUUAUUUAUUAUUUAAGCUUUUGCAAAUUGAGAGAGAGAGCCAUGUACCCAUGGAUUCAAUACCACCCUUCCCCACUUUUCUAUUAAAGUUUGAGGAAGCCACCCAUCUAUAUCCCUCAGAUGUCCAACGAGUCUUCCAGCAAAAACAGGAAAGACUAGACUACAUUACUGAUCAAUCUAUGGUAGAAAUGCAGAUUUUUUUAACAUACCCUGAAGAAUCAAAAGGGCACUAACUAAAUUUUUCUUUCCUUUGUAGCUCAACUUUAAGCACCCUUUUUACCUGACAAGUGAAAAUGUGUGCUAAAGAUGGAAAUAAGAUGUCUAUAACUUUUAUUGCUAUUAUUUCCUAGAAAUAUUAUUUUUUCAAGUAUGGGCAGCAGAUACCUCUCUGAAAUUUGUUUCCACAAUUUGGGAGGGGUGAAGGAGGAAAUUCUCCCAGGAUUUUCUAGUGACAGUUGGAAAUUGGAUGCAAAAUCUCUGGGUAAAUCCAUUAUUUGUUUUAAAAGUACUGUAAUUCCGUGUGACACGUCACUUCCUUCUGAUAGUUUAAUAAAAAAUAAAAUGCUGUUCUAUGGGGACGGGUAACUUUCGAUGUAAAAUUAAGUGUAAUUGAAAUUGAUAUAUUGAUUAAAAGUUCUAAGAGCCACUGAUAUUUAAUUACACAAUUAACAAUGGUUAUCAGACCUGAUAUAGAGUCUUAGGCACACUUCAAUUAAUCUACAUAAGUUCAGUUACACUAUUGUAAUAUAUAGUAAUGGGCAUUCAUUAUUACUGCCCCCCAAAAAAUAAACUCGUCAGUUUCACUUUGUUUAGAAUCAGCUUUUAGUCUGUUUCAGAUUGCACUAGUUAUGUUUAGGUUGCAGACACUGUAGGGGAGUGUUUGUUAAAACAUAAACUUUUCAUUGGACUCUAAAGAAAAACAGAAAUGUUUUUUAUUGUAUUAAAUUUUGUAAGAACUUUUUCUUCCCCCACGAUCAAAAUUUUGGGCCACAUGUGAUCUUUGAAACCUGUUCUGCAAGUUGAAUCUGCCUAGAGCUUGAAUAGGUACAAUAUAAAAUCUACAGAAAUAAAUUGAAGGGUGGCCCAAAGUCAGGCCGUCUGAAUGGUUUCUGCAGCAUCUAGUUUGUAAGUCUGACAAACCAGGGCCAACUGGAUUGAUUCAACCCUUGUUACGCUGCUGAUAGAUACUGGGAGAGGAGAACUUUAACUUGAAUAUGGGACUGGAAACAGGAACUUUUGACAUUGAUUCUGACAUUGAUUCUGCAUGGGACUUUUGCAAAUGACUUAACCUCUCUCUCUCUCUCAAAAGUGCAAGAUCCACAUUGGUAGAUGGUCACAUGGACAUAACUGGAAAGCUCAGAUUUGUUUAUAAUUUUAUUCAAAAAUUACAGUGUGUCAUCAAUACACUUUUAGGACCAGAUUGCCCAGUCUAGGUCCAUUUCGUGUCAUGUAAGUGGUGAAAAGUGGCCUUAAAAUGGAUUGUAAUGAACAGUUGUGAAUUUCCCCUAUUCAGGAGAACACACAAGUGGUAGAGGCUGGUCUGCCACCUCCUGUACCAGCCACUCACUCAACCCGUGGAGUAGAUGGGGAGUAGUGGUGGGAACAGUGUUCCACUACCCCUGGCCAUCCCCUGGUAUAAGAUCCCAGAGGCACUUCGCCCAGUGAAUAAGUCAAUGCUUUUCCCCUGCUGCUUUGGGUAAAGAAACCAGUUAGAGCUCCCUGCUCACUCCCCCUCUCACUGAGUUGAGCAGAGCAGUUGAAAGUCUGCCACUUAGUCUAUAUCUGUAAUAGUAAAUCUGAAACCAACAUUUUUCACUAGGCAAUAGCAUUAUCUCUGGGUAGUUCCAUCUGCAGAGUCGAUGGAAAUGUAUAAGGCAUGCUGACACUGAUACUGGAAUUCUGCGUACAAUACUAGUGUCCAUAUUUUUAAAAGGAUGUGACUACAGGGAGGGUGCAGAAAAGAGCCAUACGUGAUUCUAGGUCUGAAAAACGUGCCACAACAGCUAUCACCAAGGGAAAAACAUCUCCAGCUCCAAUGGGCUGCAUGUGCACAUGCCUUAAGUGGAAUGGACAUGUGCAAUCAUGCAAAGAAAACUGGAUGAAAUUCUAGGAUGUGUGUUCAGCAGGAGGUCAAAUGGGAUAAGCUGAUGGUCCCUUCUGGCCUUAAAACUAUGGAUCAAUUACUCAUAUUACUACAUUGACUGUUAAAAUAUGUUCCCAUCCAUAGUCCUCAGUCUGUAUAUUGUCAGGAUUUUUCUGCUAAUAAUAACAAUUAAACAUUGUCCAAAGAAAACAAGAUUACAUAGAUAUUUCCAUUAAGUUCAUUCUCUUUAUAUCCUUCUUUAAAGUUCCCUAGUAAAAAUACAGAGCAUCUAUUCUUGGAACACCGGAGGUUGAAAUAUCGUGGUGGUUGAUGUAUUUUAUUGCCUUGUGAUGCAUUACCAGCAGUAACCUCCACUAGCAGGCAGAAUUGCCUACUAACAGCCUCUGCGUCUUUGUCUUGUUCUUGGCUCGCUAUGUUAGAGAGGAUAAGGGAUACUACUGAGCCUGUUAAGCACACUAUUAAACCUCCAGGAAAUUAAUUAAAAGAAGGUGGUAGGGGGGUGACAAGUUCUGUUCCUGUGUUAACACUAGCUUGGAUUUAUGCACAUCAACUAUCGCACAAAGGACAAAUGCCAAUGCUGUUCCUCUGACAAGCUUAAUAAUUCUGGCAAGCACAGUGGUAGCAGUCUCCAGCAAAUUGCAAUAGGGGAGGCAAUGCCUAGUCCAGGCUUGGAAAUCUCCAGCUGAGUGUUGGCAAGUGUGUGCAUGUGCUGGAGGCUUAAAUCAAUCAGUUCCAUUUUUCCUGAUGUGACCUAGCAAAAUGUAACAAUUGGUUUCAUCAUUCAUGGCCGCGGGAAGCUAUGCCGGUUUAAGGCAUAAACUCUCUGUCUUGCAAUAAUACAUUAAUUUAACAUAAAACACUGUUAAAGCUACCUGUUUAAUCACUUUCUCAUUAGUUCUAAUUUGAAAACUGUUAUCAAUUUUCUUCUAAAUAUGGGCUCUCAACUCAACUCUCGGUGCCUAUAAGCAGACACGGAUGCUAUCUGACUUUGCUGUAGAAUUCCAGCCCCACAGGAAUAAUAAUAAAGGAAGCCUAAGGAUAACCCUAGUCAAUCAACAAUUGAACUGCUCAUUCAGAUGCCAGGAUGUCAAGUGCCCUUCUACUUUCAAGACUAGGAGUAGAGCAGGUCUACUGGUUGAAAAUGACCUGUGCUUUGGAUUUAACCUUUGCCCUAAUUGCAUAUUGUUGGCUGCAAAUGGAUUAUAGCUCUCACAUAUCUAUUUACUGUGCAAAGCUGCUCAACUCACAUGUUUCACGGACAUAGCUGGGGGACUGGUGGUUCUCACUAACUGGUCAUAGCAAGCAUUUCAGUAUUUGUAAUGAAGUAUUCUGUAUGAUUGGUCAGAUGGUAUGGUUUCUGUUUCCUGUUUGGAUGAUAGAGACGUGACACCAGCCCUGAUAGCAGGUGACUGUUUCCAGCAUGAACAUGCUUGGCUCCCAUAUCUGCACAAAGAGAAAGUUCUACAACCAUUCAUGGAAAGAAAAGUCACAUAAGGGGUUGAGGAAAGAGUUCAGAUGUAAAGAGACUGGCAUGUUGGCUUUGGUGAACAUAUUUACAAAUAGAUUUUUUUUUAUUUGCCCAUCUCUACCACCAGUGUAGAUGGAACUGACCUGUAUCACUGUUAAAUUCAGCCAGAAUAUGCCAGCUGCUCACUUCUGUAAUACAUCUAUAUGUGUUCUUCUAAUGUCACCAAGUAUUUAAGGUCUUGUCUGGACUAGGAUUUGAAAGACUAGUGUAGACAAGGGAAUGUGCCUUUAACAUGCAUUUUAAACUGGAACCAAUUUAGCACACAUUAAAAAAUCACACUGCUGUGUCCACAGUAGCCUGUUAACACACGUUCGUCAGCACCAUCCAAAUCCUAAUCUAGUUUCAACCUCAGUGCUAGUAGGUAGAGAUGGAAAAAGCAUCGUCAGCCUCCCUCAGAUGUCUCGAAAUAGCUGCAUCUGAACUUGAUCUUAGGCACACACAAAUAUUCAAUACAGAUAAAACAAAUGGCUAAAUAGUAGCAAACUACCUAAUCAAGUUGCAGACUAAAAAUUAGUUUCUUAAACUAUGCUUUCCUAUUAAGUGCUAUAUAAAGCACCUUGGACUAGAAGAUUAAAAACAUCUCACACUGAAUAGAGUGUCUUGGUGGUUUUGGAAUGCACUUUGUGAUGUUACGCAACACAGCACGCAUGACAAUUUUGCUGUUGCUACUGUACUAUGA